GUGACGUAGCCACACAGUGGGAGGAUCUAGCCUCAGCGGACCAUACAUACAGCUUGCCACUGAACUUGGGAACUCUCCAUUCAUCCGUGAGGUCUCGGAUGUCGACUUCUGACAUUCUGUUUUACACAGGACUGUCAGAGGAAGUGUUUCAGAAGAUCCUUCUAUGCCUCGAACAAUCAUUUCGGCCCCUCUCACAAUUGCCAUUGGAGGACCAGUUACUGCUUGCAUUGAUGCGCCUCAGACUGGGGACUUUGUACCGAGAUCUUGCUUGGCGGUUUUCUAUAUCUCCAUCGUCUGUUUGCAAGAUAUUUAACAGUGUCCUGAAGUCACUGAAUGAAAUUAUGAAAUACUCCGUGGUUUGGCUGCCGAAGUCAAGGAUACAAAGCAGCAUGCCAGAUUCAUUCAUUCAGAGCGGUUACGAGAACACCAGGUGCAUUCUAGACUGCACAGAAGUUUUCCUCCAGAGACCGAAGAAACAAAUGGCCAGGGCACAAACGUACAGUUCCUAUAAGGCACAUAACACACUUAAGUUUUUGAUUGUUAUUGCGCCAAACGGCUUUAUAAUGUAUGUGUCCAAAGCAUAUGGGGGUCGGGCCUCUGAUAAGUUCAUUGUGAAGGAUUGUGGAAUUCUAGAGUACUUCGCACGAAAUGAUGAAAUCAUGGCUGAUAGGGGCUUUACACUGGACCCUUACCUGGCAGCCCAAGGGGUGAAGCUAAAUGUCCCAGCCUUCACUAGAGGCAAGGCACAGCUGUCUGAAGAGGAGGUCACCAAAACCCGACGGAUUGCAUCCGUUAGAAUCCAUGUUGAGAGGGCCAUCAACCGGAUGAAAACCUAUCGAAUAUUCAAGUCAUCCCUUAGCAUCAAAUGUAAAAAGACAAUCGAUAUGAUGAUUUUUGUGUGUGCAGGACUGUGUAACUUUAAGCCACCCCUUAUUGCUGAAGUAACAGGCACACAGGAGCAACAAUGGGGCCAGACUGCACAUGAACCAUGAAUAAAAUACUUCAGUCAUUGAACUGUAUAGUUUAACUUUACUGUGUACCUGGAAGAACAUUUCAAUUUCUCAGUUCCCGUGAUAUCUUUACAUCUGUGACAGCUGCCGGUACUCCAAGUCCA